UUUAGUACCCGUCUACAAAAUUGUUGUGGGGGAUUUAGCAUUAAAUGCCACAAGUUUACCUCUAGUGACAUGCUUCUGUUUUCUGUUUUAUGACAGCAAAAUGGCAGGAGAGAUGGGUGCUUUCUCAGCAUAAAUCCAAUUAUGGAAAGUUUAGGUUGACAGCCGGGAGUUUUUAUGGAGAUCCAGAAGCAGAUAAAGGUCUGCAAACUAGUGAAAAUUUAAAAUUUUACGCUAUUUCGUCACGGUUUAAACCAUUCAGUAAUAAAGGAAGGCCUCUGGUAAUCCAGUAUACAGUAAAGCAUGAACAGAGGAUAGACUGUGGUGGUGGUUAUGUGAAAAUAUUUCCCUCUGACCUGAACCAAAAGAACAUGAGUGGAGAAUCGCAGUACUUUAUCAUGUUUGGACCUGAUAUUUGUGGAUCUGAUACAAAGAAAGUCCAUGUCAUUUUAAAUUACAAGAGCAAACUUUAUCCCAAUAAGAAACAAAUCCGAUGCAAAGUGGAUGGGUUUACUCAUUUAUAUACACUGAUUUUAAGACCAGACCACACAUAUGAAGUGAGAAUUGAUAAUGAAAUAGUUGCCUCAGGCAUUUUGGAAGAUGACUGGGACUUCUUACCUCCACGGAGAAUAAAUGACCCAACAGUGAAGAAACCAGAGGACUGGAAUGAGGAAGCUGAAAUGGAUGAUCCAGAUGACAGCAAGCCGGAGGAUUGGGACGUUGCUGAGUACAUUGUGGACAACAGUGCUGAGAAACCGGAAGACUGGGAUGAUGUUAGACAGGGUGUCUGGCAACCCCCCCUUCUCAAGAAUCCACUCUACAGGGGGGAGUGGCAGCCCAGGAAGAUCCCAAACCCAAACUACAUGGGGGUUUGGCCCCAUCCGCAAAUUGAGAAUCCAGCAUACGUGCCUGACGAGAGCAUUUCCGUCUAUGAGAACAUCAGUGUUAUUGGCCUUGAUCUUUGGCAGGUGAGAUCCGGGACAAUCUUUGAUAAUUUCCUGAUCACAGACGAGGAAGCCUAUGCAGAAGAAUUUGGUGAUGAAACCUGGGGCGAGACGAAGUUCCCUGAGCGGCAGAUGCAGGCGAGGCAGCUGGCGGAGGAGGAGGCGGCGGCGAAGAAGAAGAAGGGCGGAGGCCCGCAGGCGAAGAAGAAGAAGCCUUCGCAGCGGGGGCGGCGGGAGGAGCCCGGGAGGCUCCCGGGCGAGAAGGCGGAGCUGUGA